CGCAUGCGCGCUAGGUCCGGCGACAUGGGGACGUUAGCGGCCUGAACACCUUUGCAUCUCGUAGUGUGUGUAUGCCAAGAGCAGAAUGGCAAGGCACAGAAAUAUUCGGGGGCUCAAGUAUGAUGAAGAUUUUGAAGAUGAUGAUGUCUAUGGCCAGUCGGUAGAAGAUGACUACUGUAUUUCCCCUGCAACAGCUGCUCAGUUUAUUUACAAAAGAGAUGAUUACAACAGCAGAGCCUUUGCAGAGGAGCCUCUGGAAGAAGAUGAUGAGUUUGAAGAUAAGGUUGAAGAGUCUUCCCACAGUAACAUGCCCUUGAGUGGGGUUGACCAAGUUCGACUGUAUGCCUGCCUUGAUAAAAUGCGAGAAGUCUUGGGAGAAUCCGCAUCGGAGCAAGUGAUGAUUGAUGCAGUACUGAACUGUGAAUAUGAUGCACAUAAAGCCCUUGACCUUGUACUUUCUGAGGAAUGCAAGCCCACCCCAGAUAAAAAGAACCAAAUUACAGCUCCUUCCCGGAAAUCCACCAUAGGAGACCUAUUUCAUUCAUCAAAAUUAGUAGUUUCCAAGCAUACAGAUUCAUGUUUUCCAGUGCCCUUAUUAUAUGAUGCUGAUAAUUCUUCAACUUUUGAUUUGAGUAUUCUCUUAUCAACCAAGUCUGAGCAAAAUUGUGUGUCGUCUGCUGCUGUGGUAGCUUGUGAAUCUAUUAAUAAUGAAAGUGCAAAUGAGGGUGACCAAACCCCAACACAGAGUGUUUCUUUGUCGGAAAUGAUCAAAGAAACCCCAAAUUUAUUGCAGACACAUACAAGGGUACCAAUUGGCCCAUUUGCUGAUGAGACUACAAUAAAUUCACAAAGAGGUAUUAAUCUUGCAGAUCUAAUUAAAGACUGUGAAGGUAAUAACCAAGAUUUGAAUCCACUCAUUUUACCUGUAUUACCUAAUGUGAUGGAUUGUACUAGGCUUUCCACAGACAAAACAAAGUUGUCUUUUUCGACACAAAAUAAGUCUGAGGGAAUCUUGCAGCCUCCACCUACAGGAUUGCUCUUUAAAGUAGGGGAUACCAAUCAUAUCCAACCUACCUAUUUAACUUUGUCAUCACAAAACCCUGAGUGUUUAGUACCAUCACUUAAGGGUUUGAAUCUAGUUGAACAGCUGAACCAACAUCAGAAAAAAAAUAAUGGACUUAAUGAUACAUGGGAUACAGCAGGUCAAAGCAGUCUGAAAGACAUAGUAGAAAUGCAUGGAAGUUUGUCCUUUCCUCAAUGUGGAAGUCCAUCUCUAGCAGAUCUCAUUGAAGAACAUAAAAAAGGUAGUCCAAGCAGUUCUGAUUCUCCAUCAGUUCCUCAAUGUAGCUCUACGGACAGUGUAAUAUUGCCGUUAGGGUCUUUGUCAUUGGCACAGUUAGCUGGUGAAAGUCAGAAUAAAGCUACUGGUCCUUUGUCAUCUUUAAUGUCCUCAAAACCAUUGAAUACUUCUGAAUUGGAAAAUAUGUCACUGUUUGAUUUAAUAACCGAAAAUGUUCAAGUACCUGAAAAUUCAAAAGCACAGGGUAUUCAUUUUGACGCAUGUAAAAUGCAGCAAGCUAUGGGAAAAACUGUUCGGCAGCGAUCUACUGAUUCAAAAGUGGUCAUGAAAAAUAAAUCCUUGAAAACUACACGUCUUGAAAACUCUACUCAAAGUAAAAAAACAGUGAAUUUGUAUAAAGCGUUUAAUGGGAAUGUGAGCAUUCGUAAUCGCAAGCCAUCAAGGAGGACGAGGACCACUUCUUGGACAAAACGUUGCUGUGCUGAACCAUCUUGGUUUGCUCUUGCUAUCUGUUUUCAGAAUCCCAUAAAGAAAAAGAAAAAUUCAUUGCUUAUUCACAAGUCAUUUUUGUAUAGCAGACAAGUUCCAGAGAGAAUGGAGAAAGAUCAGGACCUUUUAUUUGAAAUAAAACCAUUUGACUUCAGUACACCUUCACCAGAUGAUAUUGUAAAGGCCAGUCAGAAAAAAGUAUUUCAUUAGAGUGUAGGACUUAGUAUAUAAUGCUGCCUCACUUUGUAUUUAUAUUCAAUUGUGAACUGAGUCAUCAGAAGAGAAGAUUUUGUUCUAGAUCGGAAUACUUACCAUCAACUGAUUUUUUUGUUAAACUCUUUCUCAUUUGAUUCACAAGUGUUGGCCUUUCCGACUGCUACUGCAGGUUGAAUAAAAUUUCUGCUGUAGAAGAUUGAACGUUACUGCAAAAUCUUCCAAAUGGCAUGGUUAAUUCAACCAGUGGUUACUGUCUUACACAGUGCUGAAUUUUACCUCAAAAGCAAACAAUAUUUCAAAUUUUGGUAAAGCUUUGUUUUUUUAGAUUCUGAAAAUAUGGUUACAUUUCUGUAGACCAACCUAUAUGAAGCUGACGAAGUUUGUUUUUAUUUUUCUAACAUUCUUAUGCAUGUUUUACAGAAGUGCAGUUCUGCUGUAUUUUAAUCUUUGAAAAUAUUCAGAUUUCAUUUUGUAAUAGGAAAAAACCUUACCCAAUUUCAAAAAUUUCUUUGGUUUACACUGGCAAUAUUAACAAAAAUGGAUUUUUGCAUAAGUCAAUAACUCUGCUAAAGACAAGAAUUCUUAAGAACAUAAUUGCGAUUUUUAUUGAUUUAAGAGCCUUUUAAAGAAAUAAAACCAGCUAAUGGCAUUUUUGGUGAUGGUAGUGAUUGGGAGAAUUGGUGGUGUUUUCAGUAUGUUAGAAUUUACUAUUGAACUCAGCUGAGGACCAUGCAAAAUACUAUUUUCACUGGUGGAAUUUUAUAUACAAGUCUAGAGUAGAUAUUUUCAAGAUUGUAUGUUUGUACUAAUUUCUGUCAGCUUUUCAAUUGAAAAAUGACUCGUAUAUUGUGAACAGUUUGAAGUCCUAUUCAGUGUUUACCAGCUUUCAUUUUGUUAUCAUUUUUGAAUAUUUGAAUGUGUAAUAAUAAUGCUGGCACAUGUAUUUUUAUGCCAUAGCUGAUAUUGUUAGAGAUUAUUUUAAUUAUUAAUUAAGGUGGUGAAGAUUCCUCCCAUUUCUCUGAGGUUAAUUGUCAAAAAGAAGUAACUACCGAUGGCCCCCAGUAGUUGAAUUGUUAAAUGCAUGACUUCCUCCUGUGAUGCUUAAGUUACUGUCCCAAUCUGCCAUAAAUGGUUGUCGAUCCACAGUUUAAAAUUUCAAUACAUUUAAACUUUGUGACCUGGGAGUUAUUGAAGCCCUGGAAUUUUAGGCUUGAACUACUGCUUUCCUCCUGCUCUUGACCAUGCAUGUUUUAUGGUGUUUCGUUCUUAGAUGUGUUUACGUUCAGGCAAGAUUUUUCACAAAAAUUAGAAAACUAAAAUGAUUUGAAUUUAUUCAUAGAGGAAAGUUUUAAUGUGUGUAUUUUAAAUGAGUUAUCUUGCAAACGUGUAUAUGUGUAUAUAUAUUUUUAUAUGUAAAAAUUUGAAUGAGUGAAUUCAGAUUUUGUGAUUUUUUUUAUUUGUAUAUUGAAAAUUUGAAGUUUUAAUUCAAUUGCAGUCAAUCUUCUGGAUUCUGUACUGGAUGAAUAAAUUUAUUUAAAAUAAAUUUACCCAGAUUUUGUGUUGGGAAUGUUAAUGAGGAUAACAACAUUCAUUGCUUAAUUUUAUAUGCCUUCAAAGCGGCUGGAUGGGAGAACUAGCUCAGGACUGUGAUGUCCAGAAAAAGUAAUGCAUGAUUAAGUGUAGAAACCUAUGUUGCUGAGUUGCCAACUGGUACUCUGAACUGAUGGGAUGUUUCAGAAAUCUUUAUAAGUUGUUGCGACCCCUAAUAUUUAGCUAGUAAACUUGGCAGAACUGGAACUUGAUUUUAAAAUUGUGAACAUUUAUAAUUAUUCCUGAAUAACCUUCUGGGACUGAAAAUGUAGUCUUGCAUAUAAACUCUUUAUUCUUCAGAAUGUAGUGUGGAAAUAUUUUUUAAAAAAAAAAUCUUAUUCAGUCAGUUUGUUUUUUUUUCUGCCAUCUUGAUUCCCAGUCUUUAUUUCCCUUUACGUGUAUGCUUUAUGUCUGAAUUACAAUUAAGUUUGAUUUGUCAAUGAACGUGCUUGAUUUUUUUUUGCUAUAUGCACAUGCCAUACACUUCCUGUAGAUGGUGUUACAUUGAAUCAGUGAAUUGCUCUUUGAAAGAAUAAGUAAACACAAUUGAUUAUUUUGUUCCUACCUGACUAAUACAAAGCUAUUUUGAAGAAAUUCUUUCUUCAUUGAUUGAGCUAAGUGUGGAUUAUAAUAACACAAUGUCUUUUGUGCUCUGCUUUUCAAAUUCACUUCCUUUGACUUCAGUGGAACUGAAAUCUGUUGGCUAAAUACAUUGCACAGCUGUUGCUAUAUUUUACAUUUGCCACAAGUGUAAAUGGUUUUUAUUUCAAAUAUUUAUUAACUAUGAAAUUCCUUCAGAAUAAUAUAACUCUCAUUCCCCAAAUUAAUGUUAGCAAACUUUUAUUGAAACAAAGUAACAAAAGAGGAUCAUACUAUAAUUGCUUCGCAAUUAUCUAUAUGCAGAUCAUGGUUUUCAGUAAGCUUUUACUUGCAAAUUGAGAGUGCAGCUUCAAACAUAACUGUAACAGUAAUUUUCACCAAAUAUAAGUAAGUUUUGCACAAAAUCAGUAGUUAUGAAGCAACUGCACAGCAUAUAUAUUCAUAUUGGGGUUUAUUGAAUUUGAAACCAAUAAGUGAGUAUGGAGUUAGUGAAAUCAUAUUUAUGUAGAUGAUGUAUGACAUUAUAAAAACUUGUACUUGUCAAGAAGAAAGAUAUCCAAAAAGUGGAAUAAAAUGCAUUGAGUUCUUGCUAUGUUGUGAUUUCACAUUUUUCUGGAUGAAGGAAAGUAUGUACCAAAUGAAGAUAAAACUCAUCUGACACUUCCCUUGUGCUUCAAUUCCCAUAGUAAUUACUUUUUUAAAAUGACAAUGUAUAAUUGGAUAAUCAGUACUUGUUUCCUAGAUAAUAGCAGCUGGAACAGUUUGUGUGGGGUUAUUGGGGUCCCCAAUUAUCCCUCAGGACCUUUUGACACACCUGUCUUUGUAAGUUUCCUGAAUAAUGGGAAGUUCACAUUUACAGAUGCGCUGGGCUGUCCGCACCACUCUCUGCAGAGUUCUGCGAUUGAAGUACAGUUCCAAUAUCAGGCAGUGAUGCAGCCAGUCAGGACGCUCUCAAUUGUGCCCCUGUAGAAAGUCCUUAGGAUCUGGGAACUCAUGCCGACCUUAUUCAGCUGUCUGAAGUAAAAGAGAUGCUGUUGUGCUUUUUUCACUGCACAGCCGGUGUGUACAGACCAAGAGAGGUCCUCGGUGAUGUGUAUACUGAGGAACUUAAAGUUGUUCGCCCUCAACCCCAGGUCCAUUGAUGUCAAUAGGGGUUAGCCUGUCUUCAUUCCUCCUGUAGUCCACAACCAGCUCCUUUGUUUUUGCGACAUUGAGGGAGAGGUUGUUUUCUUGACCCCACUGUGUCAGGGUGAUGACUUCUCUGUCGGCUGCCUUGUUAUUGUUUGAGAUUAGGCCAAUCAAUGUGGUAUCAUCCGCAAAUUUAGUUAGCAGAUAGGAGCUGUGGAUGGUAUCACAGUCAUGGGUAUACAGAGAAUAAGGAAGGGGCUUAGGAUACAGCCCUGGGGGGCUCCUGUGCUAAGGGUUAGAGGGGCAGCGGUAUGGGAGCCCAUUCUUACCGCCUGCCGGCGACCUGACUGGAAGUUCAGGAUCCAGCUGCCCAAGGCAGGGUGAAGGCCGAGAUUUCUGAGCUUCUUGUCGAGCCUGGAGUGAAUUAUGGUGUUGAAUGCUGAACUGUAGUCCAAGAACAGCAUUCUCACAAAAGCAUCCUUCUUCUCCAGAUGUGUAAGGACAGUGUGUACUGCUGUGGCUAUUGUGCCAUCUGUCUGUAGACGAAUUGUAGGGAGUCCAGUUUGGGUGGUAGCAUGCUGCAGACGUAGUCCUUGACUAGCCUCUCAAAGCAUUUGCUUAUUAUUAAGCUGAGUGCGAUAGGACGCCAGUUCAAUUUUGCCUGGGGGUUGAUUCCUUUUCAUGCACAACAAUCAGGUAGUUGUAGUUCAUUGAUGUUUUAGUUGUAUAUAUUUUGUAAUUCCAGGGUGCAAGCUCAGACUGCAAGAUCUGUCAUUUCUUAAAUCAAUGAUUUUCAGAGAUGUAUCACAGGCAGUCAAGUUAGAGUUUUUUGUCAUUUGCACAAGUACAGGUGAAAUGAAGAUCUUCUUUACAGCAGCGUCACAGGCACAUAGAAUUGUAUAAUCAGCAUUCAAAAGAAAAACAUAAAUUAUAUAGUUUUUACAAGAAAGGGCAUAACCAAAAAAUUGUUAAAGAACUGAAUGGUUGAAGGGAUGUAGCAACUCUUGAACCUGGUGGUGUUGGGCUUCAGGGUUCUAUACCUUGUAAACUCAAAAUACUUUGCAGAUGCUGGGGUCAAAGCAACACUCACAACACGCUGGAGGAACUCAGCAGGUCGGGUAGCAUCCGUGGAAAUGAUCAGUCAACGUUUCGGGCCGGAACCCUUCGUCAGGCCUUAUAGAGGUGUAGAUAUUAAGAGGCAUAGAUAAGUGAGAACGAAGGGUUCUCUCGAAGGUCCUACCAUCUCGAAGGUUCUACCAUCAUCCCUGUCGGUGUUCUUUUCCAAUCAAUUCUGGCCGACUCAUCUCUCAUGCCUCUGUAAUUCCCUUUACUCCAGUGUAAUACUGAUACAUCUGACUUCAGCUUAUGCUUCUCAGUUUCAGGGUGCAUUUGAUCAUAUUAUGAUCACUUGCCCCUAAGGGUUCUUUUACCUUAAACUCUCUAAUCAAUUCUAGUUCACUGCACAACUCUAAUCCAGAUUAGAGCUGAUUCCUCCAGGGGGUUUAACCAUGUACUGUUUUAAAAAAACACCUUUUAAGCACUCUAGAAAUUCCCCUUCCUGGAAUCCAACCUGAUUUUCCCAGUCUACCUGCUUAUUGACUGACUAUUUGAACAUUCCCUUUUUGGCAUGCAUUAAUUUACUGCUGUUUGGGGAUCUGUAUACAACACCUUCCAACCCUAUGUCACCUCCUUCUAAUAAUUUGAUUUCAUUUUUUUUUACCAACAGGGCAACACCACCCCUUCUGCCUUUCUGCCUGUCCUUUCAAUACAUUGUGUAUCCUUGGAUAUUAAGCUCCCAGCCUAUAAUCUUUCAGCCAUGAUUCAGUGAUACCUACAACAUCAUACCUGCCAAUCUGCAAAUGUGCUGCAAGUUUAUUUACCUUAUUCCGUAUGCACCAAGUCCAACACUCUUCCUUCAUUAAAUUGUUUUGUCACUACCUUGAAGAAUUCAAUAAGGCUUGUGAGGCACAACUGCCUAUCACAAAGCCAAGCUGACCAUCCCUAAUCUACACUGUGCUUCUCCAAAUAUUCAUAAGAUCCUCUAAGAAUCCUCUCCCAAUAGUUUGCCCACCAUGAUGUAAAACUCAUCUAUAAUUCCCAGGAUUAUUUAUAUUACCUUUCUUCAACAAAGGCACAAUGUUUGUCGACCUCCAAUCUUUUGGUACUACUCCUGUGGCCAAUGAGGAUGCAAAGAUCAUCGCUAAAGGAACUGCAAUUUCUUUUUUGCUUUUCAUAAUAACCUCUCACCUUGAAGUUGCCCACAUUUCUAUUGGGAUAAAAAUAAUUCUGGUUAUCUACUCAAUCUGUUUCUCCCCUCAGUCUUCACUCCAGAGAAAACAACACAAGUUUAUCCAACUUUUCCUUGUGGCUGUACUCUCUAAUCCUGGCAGCAUCCUGAUAAACCUCUUCUGAAUGCUCUCCAAAGCCUCCACAGUUUAGAACCUGUUUCCCUCUGUUGCUGUACUAUUGCUGAAGACAUACUUCAUGUCACUGUUGUGUGCCUGAUAUCUUUAGAGUGUCGUGCAUGAAAGUGGUCAUUGAGUUAUAUUAUCUGGCAUAAGUGCAAAGAUUUUCACUGAUCAUUUAUACUGCAAAUCAAAUAUAUUAUAAUUAUUAAAAAUUCAAAGUUAUCAAUUAACAGCAUUUCCCCUUUCCCCUUUCCCAUUUCCCAUUUCCCUCUUCUCCCAUCCUCCCUCCCUGUCGUUUAUG